AUGAAUGAUAAUGACAAUUUAAAAUCUGACUAUGUUGUGGCUAAUCGAUACAGACUAAUAAAAAAAAUCGGCAGUGGCUCAUUUGGAAAGAUCUAUUCGGCCCAUGAUUCAAUGACUGGACAUCAAGUAGCAGUAAAAGUGGAAAGCUCACAGUCGAGACACCCUCAGCUCCAUUUUGAGAGCAAAAUCUACCGUUUUCUCCAAGGAGAUCCAGGAAUCCCCUUCUUUUGGGACUACGUGGAAGAGAACUGUCACAAUAUUUUGGUUAUCGACCUUCUUGGCCCGUCGAUUGAGGAAUUGUUCAAUUUUUGUCAUCGCCGAUUCAAUCUCAAGACUGUGCUCAUGUUGGCCGACCAAAUGCUGGAACGACUUGAAUAUGUCCAUUCCCGAUGUUUUAUUCACCGAGACAUUAAGCCCGACAAUUUCUUGAUGGGUCCUGGACGGUAUUCGGACAGACUUUAUUUGAUUGACUUUGGACUGGCCAAGAAAUACAAAAGUGCGACCAGUGGGAUCCACAUUCCUUACAGAGAUGACAAGAGUUUGACGGGGACUGCCCGCUAUGCUAGCAUUAAUGCCCAUAUGGGGAUAGAACAGAGCAGGAGAGAUGAUUUGGAGUCCAUGGGGUAUGUCCUCAUGUAUAUGAUUCGCGGAAACCUUCCUUGGCAGGGAUUGCAGGCACCGACUAAGAAGGAAAAGUAUGAGAGGAUCUCAGAAAAAAAGAGGUCGACUUCCAUUGAGUCGCUCUGCCACGGAUUUCCUGACGAAUUUGCCCUGUACUUGAAUUAUUGUCGGUCGUUGCUGUUUGAGAAGAGGCCGGAUUAUAAUUAUUUGAGACAACUCUUUCAGAACUUGUUGAGGAGGAUGGGGUUCUAUCACGAUUUUAGUUAUCAAUGGACUACCGUCAAAAAGUGUUUUCCUGGUCCCCAGCCACACAUUCACUGA